UGGCUUGUAAGUUAAACUCUUCAGUUUCAGUGAUCAAUUUCUAGAGUUUUAACAUUCGAUCUGAGAAUCCUAUUAUGCCCUAGCUUUCUCCGAUUAACGCCAUUGGUUUUGAUCAUUUAGCAAGCUCUAAACCCUGUACUGUCACCAUGGGUUGUUGCAGGAAUCCUCUACAUUACAGAAACCUUGGGUAUUCUCUCAGGUUCAAAUUCAGGAACCUAGGGUUUUUGUUGGGGUUUCUUCUUGUAUUUUCUUCCUUGGAUGAGACAUCGGGUUCGAUCCAUGGGUACUCAAGGGCAAGCUUCAGUCCUCAGAUGAAUGCGUACUUCUUCCAUGGUGGAAGUGAAGGGAUUUAUGCUUCUUCGGUUGAUGUGAAUGGAAGUGAUGGUGGUGCAAAGGGACAAUCAUUUAUCAGGUUUGAAUCUAUCACCUUUCGGAGGACGAAAGAGUCUGCUUCUGUUCAUAAUGACAUGGAGCAGAAAACAGGGCUAGUUGAGGCAUUAAUAGUUGAAAUUAAGGAUAGAGAUAGGAUUGGGGCUGGUCAUCUUAAUUCUGACGAUCUAUGCUGUACACUUGAACUUUCCAAGGAAGGGCACUGCAAUCAAGGGGAGGUGUUCAUUCGUCCAAAUAAAGAUAGCCCAAAAUGGCCAAAUCGUAUUCAGACAUUCUUCCAAGGUGCAGCGGAGGAAGCUAAUAUGGGAACGCAAACUGUUUAUGUUGAGAAAACUGGAAUGUACUAUUUGUAUUUCAUGUUUUGUGAUCCACAAUUGAAGGGUACAAGAAUCAGUGGGAAAACUGUUUGGAAAAACCCUGGUGGUUAUCUACCAGGAAAAAUGGCUACUUUGAUGAUAUUCUAUGGCUUUAUGUCUUUAGCUUAUCUAGCACUUGGGCUCAUCUGGUUUCUCCAAUUUGUAUGAUUUUGGAAGGAUAUAUUGCAAUUACAGAAUUAUAUCACCAUAGUGAUUGCUCUGGGGAUGUGUGAAAUGGCUUUUUGGUACUUUGAGUAUGCGAAUUUUAACUCUACUGGCAUAAGACCGGUGGGUAUAACUGUUUGGGCAGUGACUUUUACUGCUGUCAAGAAGACUGUUUCUCGCCUUCUUCUUCUAGUGGUUUCAAUGGGAUAUGGUGUUGUUCGACCAACUCUAGGGGGAAUCACCUCUAAAGGAGCUCUUCUUGGUGUCAUUUAUUUUGUGGCUUCUGAGGUGCUUGAACUAUUUGAAAAUGUGGGCAAUAUUAAUGACUUUUCGGGAAAAGUGAAGCUGUUUCUGGUGCUUCCUGUAGCUGUCUUAGAUGCCUGCUUCAUUCUUUGGAUAUUCUCUUCUCUGUCCAAAACUUUGGAAAAGCUUCAGAUGCGGAGAAGUAUGGCAAAACUGGAGCUCUAUCGGAAAUUUACUAACUGCCUUGCAAUAUCAGUGCUACUCUCUGUUGCUUGGAUUGGCUAUGAGCUGUAUUUCAAUUCAACCGAUCCUUUGAGUGAGCUCUGGGGGGCAUGGAUCAUCCCAGCUUUCUGGACCAUGCUUGCCUACUUACUCCUCGCUGUUAUAUGCAUGCUAUGGGCACCAUCGCAAAGUUCAACCAGAUAUGCAUAUUCGGAUGAGGCAGCCGACGACUUCGAUGAAGAGGAGGGUGUAGCUUUAACUGGCUUAGGGGCAGUGAAAGCUACAGAGAGGAAGGCAAUGACUUCGAAUCAUGUGUUUGGAUUGAGUGAAGACCUUGAAGAAGAUAAAAGAGGGUGAGCUUUUUUAACCCCCUGCAAAUUAAGUGAAAGUGAAAAUUUGCAUGAGAAAGAACUUGGGGGUGGAAAGCGAACCUAUUUCGAUCUCUUGCAAUUGUGAGACUAGAAUAGGUGAGGAAAGCGAAUCUCUUUCAGAUCUAUUUUCACUGUAGUAUGUACACAUAAAGAAAAGAACCGAGAAAAAGGUGAGGAAACUAGAAUAGGAAAUAACAGUUUUUGGGGUUGCCUUGCUCAAAGUUGUGGUAAUUAUGCAUGGGAUGGUGAAUGGAGUAAGAAAUAGAUGGGUUAGAGUGACAAAAAGCAAUGGCUUGCUGAUGUGUAAAAACCCAUUUGAAAGGAUAUUAUAUUUGUGGGAAAUGAUGACUUCACUGUGCCCUGAUGUAUGAUUAGUGCUUGAAAAUUGAAGAAAUGGUUUCUGACUGGGAACUUUGUUUGCC